AUUCUAUAAAUUCAAUAACAAAACCACCUAUCUAGCUACCUCAUAAUUAGCGAAAUCGAAAAAAAUACAGUUAACAAUGCAACUACAAAUAUUGUUCCUUAUCUCUUCAAUCUUCAUAGCUUUUUUGUUUGUUCCAAUAUCAGCUAAACAACCUUUGUUCAUAUUUGGGGACUCUAUCUUGGAUGCUGGAAACAACAAUUACAUCAACACCUCAACUUUUGGUCAGGCCAAUUUCUAUCCUUAUGGCACCACUUUCUUUCAAUCUUCCACCGGGCGUUGCUCAAAUGGUCGUUUGAUUUCUGAUGUUAUUGCCCAACAUGCAAAUCUCCCACUGCUUCCUCCGUAUCUUCAACCGGGCGAGUCUCACUUCUAUGAUGGCGUCAACUUUGCAUCCAUUGGAGCUGGCGCUCUUGUUCAAACUAACCAAGGCCUGGUUAUUGACCUUCACAUGCAGCUAAGAAAUUACAAGAACGUGCAGAGAUUGUUUAGAAAUAAACUGGGAGACUUUAGAGCGAGGAAUAGAUUGACAAAGGCUGUCUACUUGUUUAGCAUUGGUGGAAAUGAUUACUCAAGCUCUUUCAUACUGAAUGAUUCCACCUUUUUAUCUACUUAUCCUCAAUCUGAAUUUAUUGACAUGGUUCUUGGUAACAUCACUUUUGUGAUCACUGAAAUUUACAAAACAGGAGGAAGGAAAUUCGCGUUCUUGAACGUCCCACCAGUGGGUUGUAUGCCAAUUGCUAGAAUUUCAAGUACAAAUGGUGACUGUAUAAAAGAACCAUUAUUAAGCUACCCCAAACAACACAAUAUAGCUCUUGUUUCUAUCCUUAACGAACUGAAAAUGAAGUUACCAGGGUUCAAAUAUUCACUUUAUGAUUUCUAUACCAAUCUCCAACAAAGAAUUGACUACCCCUCAAAAUAUGGCUACAAAGAGGGGAAGACAGCAUGUUGUGGAUCAGGAAAAUUCAGAGGUAUAUUCAGUUGCGGCGGGACAAGAGGGAUCGAAGAGUAUGAAUUGUGCGAAAAUGUAGAUGAUUAUGUGUUUUGGGAUGCUGCUCAUCCCACAGAGAAAGUUUACAGACAAUUAGCAGAUGAGAUGUGGAAUUCUCACUCUCAUGGAUCAUACAGCAUCAAAGACCUCUUCUAUUUAUCUUAACAGAUUUGGUUAAAAAAAAAUUGGAUUAUGCUAUAUGCAGCCCUUAGAACUGCGUAUAAGACAUAAAUACAUUGCUUCAAAUGAAAUUUAGCUGUAAAUUUAUGACAAAUGUUUUCAUUAAUGUAUGUAAUAAAUGAUCAGUUAAUGCUUGUUUUUUCCAUUUUUAGCUUCUUAUAUGCAGCCCUUAGGGCUGCAUUUAGCUUUUUCCAAAAAAAAAAGUAUUGUGAUCUGUGAAUCACGCUUUGUUUAGGUUUGCUAUGAAGUUGUGUGAUUGUAACUCAUUGUUGGGUUGUUGCGAGCCUAUAUUAAGGAGUAUAUCAUAAUAUGCGUAUA